CCCCCCCGCCCCGAGCCAGCCAGAGAGGCGCUGCCAUGCGCUGGCUGUGGCUCCUCACCGGACACUGCCUGGCACCGGGACCUUCCAGGGGACCGGGGACAGUUCUGGCCGUGCCACUGUCAGCUCUUUGCUGUGGGCAAGGCUCUGGCCAUGGUGCACCGGCUUGUUGAGAGCUGGGGCUUCCUGAUGCUCCACAGUACUGCCUCCAGUUAGGUCAUUACCCUUGCGGAGGGCACCUCCUGGCCUGUGCAGCGCUCCCGGUGCCCCCUGCUCCGGUGCUCGGGAUGGUCCCGGUACCCGCUCCUCACCCCAGGUCCGUCCGUUUUAGCCAAUCGUUAAUGGAAAUUUUUGUACCGUCGUUAUAAAACUCUUAAACGCGCGUGUCGGUGUCUCUCCGGGGGUCUCGGUGUCUGUCCGGUACAGGGUUGGGGCGGGGGGCAGUGUUCGCUACUGUCAGGGCCUCGCCCGCUGUCCCCACCCCCCUUCUCGUGACGCUGCGCCGCGGGCUGUGAUUGGCUGCUCGCGUCACGUGCGCGCCCCGGCUCGGGGGCGGCGGCGGCCCCGGGGAAAGUUCCCGGCAGGACACGGCGGGCGCAGGCCCUGCGUCUCCCGUCCACCUGCUGGGUCGCAUCACCGGCUAAAAAUACCCCGCGGCGUCAGCUGGUGUCAGGGGGGUGCUGCCCAGAGCCGGUGCACCGGGAUGGCUCCCUGAAAGCCUCCCAGCUACAGGCUGGAGGGACGGGCUGGCACCGGCACCGUGGCUCUCCCGGUAACAUCCAGCCGGUCCUGGGAGUUGGGUCGUGUCCCUCUGUCCGUGUGUCCGCCCAUCUGUCCCUUUGCAGGUAGCGCUGGACUGUCCCUAUGGCGGAGAAAUUGGAUCCCCGAGAUUCAGAGAGCAGCUGGGUGCUGUCGGGCAGUGAGGGUCUGCCCAUCGACACGGUGGGUCCAGAGCAGGAUUCAGCCUCCCACGGGUCUGACGAUGAGGAACCGGAGGAGGAGGAUGAAGGCACCCAGGACACAGUCACAGCUGUGACCGCCAAUGAUGCCACUACCUUCCCCAGCCAGACCUUGUGCCCUGAGGGCAGCAGGCAGGGGGACCCAGAGCAAUGUGAGGACUCCAAGGCACAGGCAGGGCCUGCCCUGGAUGGCUCUGCAGAGCCCAGUGUGUUGGAGGGCGAUGAGCAGGAGGAGCUGAAUGCUGAGGCUGAGCCACAACCCUGCCCUGACACCCCCCAAGAAGGUCCCCCCCGUCUCCCCCUAGGGCCAGCAACGGAGGACGUGUCCUGCACCAGCAGUGAUGAUAACAUGGAGGGGCUGCGGUGGCGGCCAGGCCACAAGCCCCGUCCUGAGCCCCCCACUGUCACACCUGCCCCACAGCGGGGGUCACCAGAUGCUGGUGAUGAUGGGCUCAGUAUGAGCACGUACCUGCUGGGGGCCUUGGCCUUGGUUGCUCUGGGGCUGCUGAUCAUCACUGGUGGUAUCUACGAUGUGGCAGAUGGCCCUGUGGAGAGUGUUGGGAGCUGGGACUUGGCUGCUGGGGAGCAGGAGUCACUGCUGUCCAUAGACAGCAAUGACUCACAGCUGAAGCCUCCUCUGCCAGAUGAUGGGGGCCCGCAGAGCAUGCAGUCCAUGAGCCAGCUCCUGGACAAGCUGGCCAAAGAGAACCAGGAGAUCCGGCUCAUGCAGGCAGAGCUACAGGCCCACAAGGAAGAUCUGCAGGCACUGCUGCACAAGAGCGAGGGCGAGGUGGCGGCGGCCGGGGCGCAGCAGCAGAGCCUGGCCACAGAGAACGCACGGCUGCGUGCGGCGCUGGAGCGGGAGGUGACCACGCUGCGGGAGGCCCAGGCUGAGCUGCGACGCCUGCGCCACCCUGGCAGCCCCAGGGAGCCAAGGGCAGAGCAGGCACGUGCCACGGAGCAGCCAUGUGCCACAGGCAUGCCAGGGCACGGCAAGGCUGCAGCACGGCGGCACGGCAGCCUGGAUUCACUGUGGCAGGAACUGGCAGACACCCUGGACCGUGUGCGGGGCUCUGGGGAUGUCAAGGGGCUCAUGGAGGAACUGAGCGCCCUGGAGCAGCACCUGGCCCAGGUGCUGGAGGCAGACAUGUCAGGGUCCUUCUCCACACCCUGGAAGAAGCCAUCCAAGGUGGAGAAGGAGAGCAAGUGGCACAAACAGCGUGGCGCCAGGGGGUCCCCCCGUGAGCAGGAGAGGAGAGAGCAGGGCAAACCCCACAAGAAGGAGCCCCGAGCCCCCCAUGAGCACAAGCCAGGCAAAGCCUGGGGGAAGCCGUCUCACAGCCAUCCCCGGCAUGAUUCCCAUGAGCUGCCCUGGCUCAAGCGGUACCGGGCACCACAGGGCUGUUCUGGGGUGACUGACUGUGCCCACAAGGAGGGCCAGGAAGUGCUUGGGGUUGCCCUGGAACCGGUGCAGAAGGCGCAGUUCCUGCAACUGCUGGAGAGCUUCAUGGGGCAGCUGGGCUUGGGGAGACAAUUUGGAAGGCUGGCACUGCAGCUCGAUGGGGCCUUCAGGGCUGACGGUGUCUUUGCCCAUGACCGCCUGCGGUUUGUGGAUUUUGUGGAUGAUGUGGAGGAUAUGCUUGAGGAUGUGGCAUGGCAGGAGCAGGGCGACAAGGAGGCGGCCGAUGGCUUCGAGGAGUACAUGCUGCGGCACUACAGCGGCAUCUCCGGGAACGUGUGGAGCCAGAGAACCCCAAGGCAGCAUGGCACGCGUUGGGCCCUGAUGUCUGCACCAUUCUGCGCCUCUCCGGGCCCCUCAAGGAGCAGUACGCCAAGGAGCACGGGCUCGACUUUGAGCGCCUCCUAGAUGCCAGCGCCUACAAGGAGAAGUUCCGCCAGGACAUGAUCCGCUGGGGCGAGGAGAAGCGCCGUGCCGACCCCGGCUUCUUCUGUCGGGCCGCGGUGAAGGGGGCGCUGCAGCCGGUGUGGGUGGUGAGUGACACUCGGCGCCUCUCAGAUGUGGAGUGGUUCCGGGCCACCUACGGGGAUGUGGUGCAGACCGUGAGGGUGGUGGCUACUGAGGAGACAAGGAAGAGGAGGAACUGGGUCUUUGUCACUG